CCGCCCUCCCCGCUCCCGCGCGCGACGGUGGCGCGCGGGUCCCUCUGCGCCACCCGCCCCCGCCCCUUCCCAGCAAACUUUUGGCACCAGCCCGCGAGCCGCGCCUCCGAGCGGGGCGCGGGGGGCCGGGAGGAGGGGCCGGGAGGGGCCGCCCCGCCCCGGGCCGCGGAGCUGGGACCGAUCAAUAUGCAGAGCGGAGGCUCCGCGCAGCAGACCCCGCGCGCCGCCGGCUCCCGGUGCUGAAGGCGCGGGGACACGGCCAGGUGCCGCCGCGGAGCCAGCAGAGCCGGGAGCGCGUCCGCGUCCCCGCCGCCGCCGGCGAGCACCAGGCUCCUGCACGCCAGGGCGUUGGAGGUGGCAGCGAGACAUGCAACCCGCCCGGAAGCUCCUCGGCCUCCUCUUCCUCGUCCUGAUGGGCACCGAACUCACUCAAGUGUUGCCCACCAACCCUGAGGAGAGCUGGCAGGUGUACAGCUCCGCCCAGGACAGCGAGGGCAGGUGUAUCUGCACAGUGGUCGCCCCCCAGCAGACCAUGUGUUCGCGGGAUGCCCGCACAAAACAGCUGAGACAGCUACUGGAGAAGGUGCAAAACAUGUCCCAAUCCAUAGAGGUCCUGGACCGGCGGACCCAGAGGGACUUGCAGUACGUGGAGAAGAUGGAGAACCAGAUGAAAGGGCUGGAGUCCAAGUUCAAGCAGGUGGAGGAGAGUCAUAAGCAACACCUGGCCCGGCAGUUCAAGGCGAUAAAAGCGAAAAUGGAUGAACUUAGGCCUUUGAUACCUGUGUUGGAAGAGUACAAGGCCGAUGCCAAAUUGGUUUUGCAGUUUAAAGAGGAGGUCCAGAAUCUGACGUCAGUGCUUAACGAGCUGCAAGAGGAAAUUGGCGCCUAUGACUACGAUGAACUUCAGAGCAGAGUGUCCAAUCUUGAAGAGAGGCUCCGUGCGUGCAUGCAAAAGCUAGCUUGCGGCAAGCUGACGGGCAUCAGUGACCCCGUGACCAUCAAGACCUCAGGCUCGAGGUUCGGGUCCUGGAUGACAGACCCCCUGGCCCCAGAAGGUGAUAACCGGGUUUGGUACAUGGACGGUUACCACAAUAACCGCUUCGUCCGUGAGUACAAAUCCAUGCUGGACUUCAUGACCACGGACAACUUCACGUCCCACCGCCUCCCACACCCCUGGUCCGGCACCGGGCAGGUGGUCUACAACGGCUCCAUCUACUUCAACAAGUUCCAGAGCCACAUCGUCAUCCGGUUUGACCUGAAGACGGAGAGCAUCCUAAAGACGCGCAGCCUGGACUACGCCGGCUACAACAACAUGUACCAUUACGCCUGGGGCGGCCACUCGGACAUCGACCUCAUGGUGGACGAGAGCGGGCUGUGGGCCGUCUACGCCACCAACCAGAAUGCAGGCAACAUCGUGGUCAGCAAGCUGGACCCCGUGUCACUGCAGGUGCUGCAGACCUGGAACACCAGCUACCCCAAGCGCAGCGCCGGCGAGGCCUUCAUCAUCUGCGGGACCCUCUACGUCACCAACGGCUACUCAGGCGGCACCAAGGUGCACUACGCCUACCAGACCAACGCCUCCACCUACGAGUACAUAGAUAUCCCCUUCCAGAACAAGUACUCGCACAUCUCCAUGCUGGAUUACAACCCCAAGGACCGCGCCCUGUACGCCUGGAACAACGGCCACCAGGUCCUCUACAAUGUCACCCUCUUCCACGUCAUCCGGUCCGACGAGUUGUAGCCGCCAAGGGUCCAAGUCCUCCCCACGUGGACAUUCCUGUGAAACAGCUGCCAAAAAAAUAAUAAUAAUAAACCCCACUCACGAUAUUAAUAAUGCUAAUCUUGGAAACUCAUCAGCGGCGUGGAGUGCGGCAGCGUGUGAUGGCAUGACCUCCGUGAUUCUCCAGCUCAGGCCAGAGGGCAACGGCUUUGGGAAGAAACCCCCAUCUUUGCAGCUGGAACUGCAGCCCAGGGCUCCCCGGUUCUGCCCCUGUCACCGCCCCGGUCCCCUUUCUGGUCAAAUAACAUACUAAAGAAGCAAGGCGAUGACUGUUGGCCAAUGUCGCCCAAGAACAGCCCACUGUUAGGAUCGCAUGGACCUCUCCUUAGAGCGUGGUCGGCGCCGAUGGACGGGAUUGUCGUGUGUCAUUGAGAGCACCCCCCGGGCCGCGCUUGGCAUCCGGAGGGGUCCACGUAGGCUAGUUCAGCUUGUACCCAUCACAGCGGCUGUUCCUCGACUGUGUGUUGUGUCUUAGAUUAACGUGCUGAGACCCCAGUAGCCCGUGGCCCCGUGUCUAGUACCUGCCGCGCAGUCGUUGGCGUGUGCAGCACGGACAGCCGCGGUGCCCACCCACGUGAACGUGCCCGACCCCUAGUGUAUUGUGCAACGUCUGUCAUUGUCUCCUUGAGGUGGUAACUCUGUACGUUCGGUUUAUGCAAUGGAUGUUGUAAUGCAGUGCCGUAGUUUGGAUCAGUAAGUGGAUGGUUCUUGUUUCUAAAAAAAAUAAUAAUAAUAAUAAUCAGUGUUCACCCUUAUAGAGAGAUAAUCAAGUUCGUGUUGAUAAUAAUCAAAGGAAUUAUUUGCUUCUUGUUCAAUUAUCUAAACCAUGUAACCGCGGAUGAGAAGGGCUCAUCUAGGGGAAGGCCCAUUUCCCGUGGGAAGGGAUGUCCCCGAGGGCGUCCGUGUGAGGAAAGUACAUUUUUUAAGUAAAAAAGAGGGGAACUUUGUACUCUCCAGUUAUCUAAGGAACAAUAAAAAUAUUAGGAGACGUU